AUGGAUUCUACGGCCGUGAACACGAAUGUAACCAUCGACGACUUCGACAGCGUCCUCGCGUACGACGAUCAGGCCGUUUGGGUUACUCCCGACCCGUCGAGCCCAACCUUUAAUGCUUCGGCCUCUCCAUGGAUGAGGGGAACGUACCAUCAAACGGAAACGAAGGCCGCUUCGUUGUCGUUCAAUUUCACGGGGCCAGCCAUCUAUAUCUAUGGGCUUUUAGGUCCAGGGCAAGGUUCAUUCGAAGUAGACAUUGACUCAGUGGCUUCAACGCAUAGCGCAUACCAGACUGUCAACGCGACGUCUUCGUCGCUGCUGUACUUUGUUUCAAACCUGACUUUCGCAAACCACAAUCUCGUCCUCCGUAACCUUGGAGCCGUCUCUAGCAACGGGGAUAAAGGCGGGAACGCGUUUUUGCUGGACUAUAUCAGCACGACGAUUCAGUUGGCGCCUGCAGGAGCCACUGUGCAAAACAAAACGUAUCAAGAAGAUGACCCUGCUGUCACUUACACAGGAACGUGGGGACACAAUACCAGUCCCGCCUUCAGUGGCGGGGGGACGUCGUAUACAAACGCGGACCAAGCAAGCGCUUCGCUUUCCUUCUAUGGUUCUGCCGUUUAUGUUAUGGGCGACAAGAAGGACGAUCAUGGAAUCUACAGUGUCCAGCUCGACAGCAAUAGCCCAUUAUUCUAUGACGGAGUCUCUGGUUGUGGUGGCGCCUUCGGGUUGACAUGCGAACAGCAAGUUCCAACGUUGAAAUUCCUCGCCUCGAAUUUGGACAGCUCACAGCAUACUCUCAAGGUUACGAACUUUGCGGGAGUCAAUCAGUCGUAUUUUGAUCUUGACAGCAUCGUGGUCGCGAUCCCCUCCGUCUAUGCACCCCGGCAACUGUCCAACUCGUCGUCACCGUUUGUCAAUGGCACUACCGGAUCUACUACCCCUUCCCAUACUGCGUCUGUGUCCUCGUCCUCAGGAGGAGCCGCCAAGUCAUCUGCUGCAGCUCCUGCGAUCUCAAACCCACUCCUCCUUUUGGUCUUCACAAUGCUUUUGGCCUACCGUAACUUCCGCCGCUGA